AUGUCUGCGAUUUCGUCUCUGUCCGGUGAUGUGUCGGGACUGUCUGACGACAUCGGCACCCUAUCAGGAACGGUUGGCGGUUUAUCCACUGCAUUGGGUGACGGCUUUGAGGGCAUCAAUACCGAGCUGCAAGGUAUUGGUGAUGGGAUUGAUUCAAUCGUUGGCACACUGAACGGUGAUGGUCUUUCCACUCGUGGCUCUGAGGGAAAAAUUGAUUUUAAUGGUACGGGUCUGUAUGGCGAGGACACCCUCACCGAAAUGAAAGCCGAAAUCGAAACACUGAAAACUGAAUACUCCGAGCAAAUGAAAGCGAUGCAAGGUCUGUUUUCGUUUGAUUCGUCCGAACUCAAUGGCGGCCAGUACGUUGAACACCGUUGGAAGUUUCACAUUCAAGGGCGCGAAUAUUCAUUCGGCUCUAGUGUAUUCCCUGCUCUUUUAGACAACUCAAGCCUAAUCGCUGCCGUUCUGGUGUUCCUUGCGGUGCUGUUUGGCAUUCGUUUCUUAGUGAAAUAA